AGAUUCUCCACCGACGUGAAAGCUUUCUCUCUCUCUCUUCUGUCUCCGUCGUGUUACUUUUAAAUCUAAAUAUAUAUUUCCUUAUAACUACUUACUAAGAUGUCUCUACAAAAACACCAAUGGCAAACAAACUCGAUCAUCACCACCAUCAUUGUCCGAGAUUGAUGCUUGUAUUGUACUUCACUAGUGUUCUCGUAAUAGGCUCCGUCGCAGCUUUUCUCUGUCUAUGUUCCUCUAAACCAUCACUCUCCUCCGUUUCUUCCUUCUGGAUACCUCAAAACCCACCGGAGAUUCACAUUCAGAAACAGAGAAGCAAACAAUGGAAUGAUACAAAAGAUGUCCGUUUAUUAUUAUCAGCAACAUAUGCCGAUUUGCCGGCGACGGAGUUACAAUGGGAGCAAAUGCCUUCAGCUCCAGUUCCUCGACUUGAUGGAUACUCUGUACAAAUCAAGAACCUUUUGUAUGUCUUCUCCGGCUACGGUAGUCUCGACUACGUUCAUUCUCAUGUGGAUGUGUUCAAUUUCACAGACAACAAGUGGUGUGAUAGAUUCGACACACCUAAAGAGAUGGCUAAUUCUCACCUUGGGAUUGUGACGGAUGGACGGUUUGUGUAUGUGGUUUCAGGGCAGUUUGGUCCUCAAUGCAGAGGACCAACUUCUCGUUCUUUUGUCUUGGACUCAUUCACUAAGACUUGGCUCCAGUUUCCUUCUUUGCCUGCUCCAAGGUAUGCUCCAGCGACUCAGAUAUGGAGAGGGAGGCUACAUGUGAUGGGAGGAAGCAAAGAGAAUCGCAACGCCAUUGCUUAUGACCAUUGGAGCAUAGCUAUAAAAGACGGAAAAGCUCUUGAUGAAUGGCAAGAAGAGGUUCCAAUCCCUCGAGGUGGACCACACAGGGCUUGUGUAGUUGCUAACGAUAAGCUACUUGUGAUCGGUGGUCAAGAAGGUGACUUCAUGGCCAAACCUAACUCACCAAUCUUCAAAUGCUCACGUAGACGAGAGAUCUUCAAUGGUGAGGUGUACAUGAUGGACGAGGAGAUGAAGUGGAAAAUGUUACCACUUAUGCCAAAGAACAAUUCACACAUUGAAUCUGCGUGGAUCAUCGUCAAUAACUCCAUUGUUAUCGUUGGUGGGACCACGGAUUGGCAUCCAGUGACCAAAAGACUUGUUCUUGUUGGAGAGAUCUUCCGGUUUCAGUUAGACACUUUGAGGUGGUCUGUGAUCGGACGGUUACCGUACCGUGUAAAAACAGCAAUGGCUGGAUACUGGAACGGCUAUUUGUACUUCACGUCAGGGCAACGAGAUAGAGGACCGGACAAUCCACAGCCAGGGAAAGUUAUUGGAGAAAUGUGGAGAACUAAGUUGAAGUUUUGAUGUUAUAGCUUUUGUUUUUGAAAGAUAAGAUAUAGCUUUGGAGAUAGAACUCUUAUUCUGCUUGACUGAUAAAAAAUAGAUGUUGAAGUAUACUUCUAGGAGGGUUUUUUUCUACAUGAAGCCUGUAGAUAGACUUAUAUUUAACAGUCAUCAGACAUUAGAUGAUGGUCAAAUAUAUAUAUGGAGGUCUACUUACAUCCUAGAGUGGUUUAUUUAUGCAUGGCUGUUGAGAGUUGGUUUUAAGACUAUUCAACCAGCUGG